AUGAUGAAGAGAAAAGCCGACAGGCAGACAGCAGCAGCAGCUCCGGUCAGCGCUUUCGCCGCGCGCAAAGCUCGAUUGCAGCAGACGCAGACGCAGGUUCAGACAGUUGUCGCAUCAGAGAAGACUACGCACACAGAUGUCGCCGCAGAACCGCCGUCUAAACGACCCCGACGCUCAUUGCAAGAAUCCCAAGCACAAUCGACCUCAGAGGAAGAUACGAAACGGACUAGCAAGCGGAGUGCCGCGAAGACUGAGAAAGUGCAGAGGGUUGAUAGUGGGACUAUAACUAGGACACGGGAGACUCGCAUGAAAGACUCAGAAAUCGAGGUUGAAGAUCUUGAGAAAGAACGUUCUUCGAACGAGGAGUCGGAAGGAGAGGAUGCUGUCGAGGAGAAUGCAGCUGGUGUGGUGGCUGUUCCUGCAGCUGAGGAUGGUUACGAAUCCCCGGCUGACAACACGAUGACGGUUGUGUUCCCUCUUUCGAAGAUUCGACUGAACAAGAACAAUAUCGUCUACAGCGAUGAAGACACCCUAUGCGUUCGCAUCCAGGAGAAACUGAGCAUCGUACUCAUUGGACAGUACGAUCUGUGGGUGAAACGGGGCGUUGUGAGCGUGAUGGGUGCGAAGUUGCACCCCUCUCCUCGAGUCUACCGUGUCUACGCUCCUUCAACCCACUCGCUUCCUGUGAUCAAGUGUGUCACUGGCGUUAACGGGGCGGCAGAGGUUGAGUUCAAGUCAUGCCAUAGCGGGAUAACCCGUUUAAGGGAUCUAUCCCCUCUAUAUCAGCGCCUAUGGAAUAGCGGGAACACGCCGGCGGACAAGCUGAGCCUGAAAGCAGUUGGACAGGACGCAAGGAGGACAUUCUCCGUUCUCCAUACAUCCGCAGACGAUCCCCUUAAACGCCAUCUGCGCCCUCUACACCUCGAAAAGCAAUGGAGCGCCGCCAUAAAAGUCCUCUCCCAACGAGCUGGCCGUCUCCAAGUUCUAAUAUGUGGGCCCAAAGCAUCAGGAAAAUCAACUUUCGGCCGCUACCUUCUGAAUCACCUCCUUAGUCCAGCCCCCCAACCCGAAUUGAACUACACCAACACCGACGGCGUCGCCUUCCUAGACCUUGACCCCGGUCAGCCUGAAUUCUUGCCAAUGGGCCAAGUCUAUCUUGCUCACUUACGCUCCCCGGUUUUCGGCCCGCCAUUCACGCACCCUUCUUUGAAUAACGAGCGCGAAGGGACAAUCAUCCGCGCACACCAUAUCGGUGCGACAUCCCCAAAGGAAGAUCCCGACCACUACGUUUUAGCCGCCGCGAACCUUAUGGAGCAGUACCGCACCUUGCUAGCAACAUACCCUCAAUGUCCCCUUAUUAUCAACUAUCCCGGCUGGAUUUUCGGUCUUGGCCUGGAGGUUGCGACGUACCUUAUCCAGUCGCUGGGGCUAUCGGAUGUCGUGUAUAUGAGUGAGAAAGGGCCGACAGAGGUCGUUGAGCCUCUUAGCCAGGCUGCAAGCCUUGCUAGAGUUUCACUAACCAUUCUCCCUUCCCAGCCUACAGAGUUUGUCAGUCGGUCGAGCGCUCAGCUCCGCUCGAUGCAGAUGCAGUCAUAUUUCCAUAUGGCUCAGCCAGCGGGUGUCAGUCAUCCAACGUGGCUUGAGAAUCCUGUCUCCAAGAACCGGCCUUUCCGCGUUCGGUAUGCGGGCGAGAAUCGCGGUGUUCAUGGAGUAAUGACAUUAGACUCGCAGAUCAUACCUGACCUGCUCUGCGAGAGCUUAGAAGGAGCUCUUGUUGGCGUCGUCGCCAUUGAGUCGCCGAAUGCUCUUCCAAUCCCAUCUUCCAACGCACCACCAGCUAAUGAAGAAGAGGCUACCUCCAACGCCGACGACGACGUCGACAUGGAGAAUGAGACAGAGCACAACCGAAACGCAACGAUAUCCCACCUAACAACCUUAACAAUUUCCACGAAAGAAUCCCUACCCUACAUAACCAGCGGCCCCGGAACGUCCACACCCCUCCACCCCUCCUCAUCCUCAAUGCUCGGUCUUGCCCUAAUUCGCUCCAUCAACCCGGACACCCAGACCCUCGACCUUGUCACCCCCAUCCCUUCCACCCGCCUAAUCCAAAGCCUCGAACGAGGGCACGCCCUCGUCCUCGUCCGCGGGGUACUCGAUAACCCGAACUGGGCGGUUGCCGAGGAGUACUACGCGGCUAGGGCGGAGGAACGAAGGGUUAGAAGGGGGAUCCGGGGGAGGAAAGAGGCCGGGGUGGGUGAGCAAGGCGAUGAGAGUGUGGAGCAAAGGUUGCUGGGGUUGUUGAAGGAGAGAAUUCGGCGGGCGAAGGAUGUUCCGUUCAUGACCGUUGUUGAGGAUCAUGGAAGGAGGAAACAGGAGGAGGCGGCGCAGAGGGCGCUGUGGAAGUUGAGGAAGAAGGCCGGGAUUGAGAGUGAGGAUGAGGUUGGGUAUUGA